AUGAGGAGUCUCUGUUACCAUGUUUCAGUUUCAAGCCAUAGGAGUUUGAUGUCGAAGGGCGCUACAGUUCAGUACAGAAUAAGUACAAAAGGCAGAGGACAAAGAUCAGAUCUAAAGGCUACUUAUGAGGGUCUUUCAGGUUUUCUUAUUGUCUUCUGCUUGAUGCUUGCUGGUGAGAGAAACGAUGAAUGGCGCGCGAGUGGCAUUGCGAGUCUCUUAGGUUUUGAGCUACUGCUUCUUGCCUCUGAGCUCAUGGGCUUUCUCUAUGGUGAUUUCAGGGCGUGGAGAGACAUAAGAACUCUUGAAACAAUCCUCUCGAAAUUCCUGGUAAAAAAAGGUGUCAUGUUCUCGAGGUUUCUUGUGACGAUGCUUUUUUUUUUAGAAGAUGCUCCUCCAGCAAUGCUGGGCGUAACGGUUGAGAAAAGAAAACUCACUGAUGGUGAUGAUUUUCAAAACACGAGGAUCUUGGUUUCCUCUCAUCGACUUGUGGAAUGUAAUUUUGUCAAGCCUCAUGGUUAUUCAUAUGUUUAUACUUGCAUUGAAGGUAUAAAUGAGUUGAAUGAAAACAUGUUACUGAAAAGUCCAAAGAUGUCCAGAUUUGAAACUCUGCACGAAACCUGUGAUCUUCAUUUUGUAGAAGACACAGAAGAAAAAGACAAGAGCUCAAGAUAUGCCAUUGGUUGCAAUACUGAGGCGGAUGGAGAAAGUCUUUUAGGUUUCAAAGAUGGUGGUGAUUUAGAUAAUUUUCUGCACCCACCUCUCCCCUAACCAGCUCCUCUCUAAUGGUCAAAGUCUGUCACAUCAAGCCUCUCACCAUCAUCCUUAAUUUUUUCAUUUGGUAUCUUUUCUUCCUAGAAAGAGCAUUUGGAAAUCUCUGAUUUGGUACUAGGGCAUAGUGAUGGCUACUGAUGAACUACUUCCCAAUUAAAGACAAAUAAGAGAUUAAUUGAUAUGUGUUUGUCCAUUGAAGACGGCUGCUCCUGAGAUGAUACUGAUGUUGCUUAAGACAAGAAGAAGAAUUUACAUUGAAUGGUUUUUUUUUUCACACGAGUAAGGGAAUGCGUAUGUGAGAGAAGGAAAGAAAAAAAAAAUGAUUAGAGAAAUGGAAUUGAAAGGUGACAGCGACAUGGUUGUUUUGGUAAACGAAUAGGAAUGAAGCACGUGAUGAAUGGACAUGAACAGAAAAGGGUGCUAGGUUUAAUAUAAAUAGAAAUACGAAGCAGUUAGUGGUUGUGAAGGAAGGAGGAAGCAAGCGACCAAAUCUCAGAGACAUAACAGUAUAGAGGAGGAAGAAGAAAGAAAAGAGAGUCCGUUGUUGAUUAGAUACAGAUCAUCACCGAACAUGGGAAGAUCUCCUUGCAGUGAUGACUCUGGUCUCAAGAAAGGUCCUUGGACUCCUGAUGAAGAUGAGAAACUUGUCAAAUAUGUCCAAAAACAUGGCCAUAGUAGCUGGAGAGCUCUUCCCAAGCUUGCUGGUCUUAACCGGUGUGGGAAGAGUUGCAGGCUAAGAUGGACGAACUACUUGAGACCUGACAUCAAGCGAGGGAAGUUCUCUCCGGACGAGGAACAGACUAUCUUGAACCUUCAUUCAGUUCUUGGCAACAAGUGGUCAACGAUUGCAAACCAAUUACCGGGGAGAACAGACAAUGAGAUCAAGAACUUCUGGAACACUCAUUUGAAGAAAAAGCUGAUUCAGAUGGGAUUUGACCCAAUGACUCAUCGCCCAAGAACAGACAUCUUCUCCAGCUUAUCUCAGCUCGUGUCUCUGUCCUCUAACCUGAGAGGCUUUGUGGAUCUGCAGCAACAGUUUCCAAUUGAUCAAGACCAAACUAUAGUCAAACUCCAAACCGAGAUGGCCAAACUCCAAUUGUUCCAAUACCUUCUUCAACCACCUUCCAUGAAUAGCAUCAACCCUAAUGAGUUUGACACUCUCAGUCUCCUCAGCUCUAUUGCCUCCUUCAAAGAAACCUCUAAUACCACCAGCAACAAUCUGGACCUCGGUUUCCUAGGUUCCUAUCUUCAGGACUUCAACGGCUUACCAUCCUUAAAAACCCUAAACUCCAACAUUGGACCGUCAUUUGUUUUCCCUCAAAUUCCUGAUCACAAUCACUUCAAGUUCUUCUGUCAAAGAGAGAACAACCUACCCGUUUCUCCAACAUGGCUCUCUGAUCCUUCAAGCUCAAAUCAGAGUUUGUUACCUUCUCUUUAUCCUUCUUCUGCUGUGAGUGAUGAUCUGAUAAGAAACCAAUACGUUAUUGAAGAUGUCAAUAGCAAUCUCACCUCUUCAAGCUGCCAAGAAUCAGGAGCUUCAGCUUCAGCUGCAUGGCCUGAUCAUCUAUUGGAUGAUUCCAUAUUUUCCGAUAUCCCUUAGCCUUCUUUGUCUUUUCAGGUAUGUUUUGGAGGAACUCAAAAUCGAAUUUUCUCUUGGGACUGUGCUGGUUUUGGAGAAUUUAAUUAUUUUCAUAUCUAUUAUAUAUUGGACGACACAUGAUAUAUAUGUGCUCAUGUUGUAGAAUGUACUGUACAGUACAUGUUUCAUAUAACUCGUAUGCGUGUUUGCUAUUAUCAAUGUUUCUUUAGCAUACAUUUGUACGGUACCCAUCGCCGAGUUUUUACAUAUAGAGAUCACUUGUAGUGGUAAUUAGGGUUUUUUUAUAAUUAUUUGGAUCUUUUGUUUUACUUUACCUGUUUAC